UGCUACGUUUACACGUCAGGCAAGCACCUAUCCCAAACCAGCAACGAUGCGUGUCAUUGCCUAUCUUCUUCUCCCUCUGUGUUUCCUUGCGGGUGAGUGUGUGUGCCGUUCCUUGUGGUGAUGAUUGCUGGAACCGAACCUGCUACCAAGUUCACGCCCAGGAUUCUUCCGGCCCCCAAUCCCAAUCAUUCUUCAGCACCGUCUGGCCACCGGGCCCAGGACAGCUCACAUCGCCCCAACUCCCAGACGAGGAGCUCACGACGAUGCUCAACGAGAUCGACCCGGCGCGGAUCCAAGCCAUCAUCGAAAAGCUCGUCUCGUUCGGUACCCGCAACACCCUCUCGAACCAGACGGACCCGACGCGCGGUAUCGGCGCCGCGAGGGACUGGAUCGCGAGCGAGAUGCGCGGGUUCGCCGAGGCGUCGCAGGGGCGCAUGAGCGUCACGGUCCCUAGCUACGUGCAGGGGCCCGCGGAGGGCAUACCGACGAGCACGGUCAUCAGCAAUAUCGUCGCGACGCUCCGCGGGGCCUCGGACCCUGGCCGCGUGUACGUCGUCUCGGGGCACUACGACUCGCGCAAUUCGGACGUGGACAAUUUUGUGGAUGACGCGCCGGGGGCGGACGAUGACGGGAGUGGCGUGGCGGUGUCGAUGGAGCUCGCGCGGGUGAUGGCGAUGGCGAGCCGGAGCCCCGCGGCGACGAUUGUGUUUGCGGUGGUGGCGGGGGAGGAGCAGGGGCUGUAUGGGAGCGCGUUCCUGGCGGAGCAGCUGAGGAAUGACUCGGCGGUGGACGAUGUGCAGGGGAUGCUCGAUAAUGAUAUCGUGGGGAGCUCAACGGCGGACGACGGGAGCACGGAUCCGUUCGAUAUCAGGAUGUUCGUGCAGGGUAUCCCGCCGACGGACACGCUGAGCGAGGUCAUGGCGCGUGUUCAGGUCGGGGGCGAGAGCGAUACGCCGGCGAGGGAGCUGGGCAGGUUCGUAGCUGAAGUGGGCUCGAAUAGCGUGACGAACAUGACAGUCCAAAUGGUAUACCGCCCCGACCGCUACCUCCGCGGCGGCGACCACCUCUCCUUCCUCCGGAACGGCUUCCCCGCCGUCCGAUUCACAGAGCCGCACGAGAACUUUGCGCACCAGCACCAGAACGUGCGCGUCGUCGAUGGGGUGCAGUUCGGGGACCUCGUCGAGUUUUGCGAUUUCGAGUUCAACGCGAGGGUGGCUAGGGUGAACGGCGCGGCGCUGUGGGCGCUUGCGCAGGCUCCGGGGACGCCUAAGGGGGUCGCGAUUGAUACUAGUGUGCUUACGAAUAACUCUACGUUGAGUUGGGCGUUGGACGCGAGUGGGGGCGGGAGCGUGGCGGGGUACGAGAUCGUGUGGCGCCCUACGGACCUGCCGGUCUGGACGCAUGCUAUCCCAGUGGGGAACGUCACGCAGGCGACGGUCCUCCUCUCGAAGGAUAAUGUCGAUUUCGGCGUGCGCGCCGUCGGGAGUAACGGAUAUCGGAGCCCCGCCGCUUUUCCGUUCAUUGAAUCUUGAGAGAGUGAAUCAUAUAACAGGCAAUUGUACAAGGGCGAUAAAAUAAAUA